UUGCAGCUCAAAGCUGUUCAGGAGAACAGCAGAAAGACGAAACAGAACUUUUGCUGCCUAACUGCUGACCAAGAAGGGAAGCGAGAAUCAGCCGCAACACUAUGCGUGAAUGCAUUUCUGUUCAUGUCGGACAAGCUGGAGUUCAGAUUGGCAAUGCAUGCUGGGAGCUUUUCUGCUUGGAACAUGGCAUCCAGCCGGACGGUACCUUUCAGAACCAUCCCAACCAGUUUAACAAUGACGACUCUUUUACUACCUUCUUCAGUGAAACACGCGCAGGGAAACAUGUGCCACGGGCUGUCAUGGCGGACCUAGAACCUACAGUAGUAGAUGAAGUGCGGGCAGGCACAUACCGCCAUCUUUUCCAUCCGGAACAGCUGAUUGCUGGCAAGGAAGAUGCAGCUAAUAAUUAUGCCCGGGGUCACUACACAAUUGGCAAGGAGAGCAUUGAUAUGGUCCUUGAUCGCAUUCGCAAACUGACUGACUCUUGCUGUGGCCUACAAGGAUUCCUGAUUUUCCACAGUUUUGGUGGUGGCACAGGUUCUGGCUUUACCUCCUUGCUGAUGGAACGCCUGUCCGUAGAUUACGGCAAGAAGUCCAAGCUGGAGUUUGCCAUCUAUCCAGCCCCCCAAGUUUCUACUGCAGUGGUGGAGCCCUACAACUCGAUCCUGACGACUCACACCACUCUAGAGCAUUCCGACUGUGCCUUCAUGGUGGACAACGAGGCCAUCUACGACAUCUGCCGUCGCAAUCUGGAUAUUGAGCGCCCCACCUACACCAACCUCAACCGUCUCAUCAGCCAGAUUGUCUCCUCCAUCACUGCUUCCCUGCGCUUCGAUGGUGCCCUCAAUGUGGACCUGACCGAGUUCCAGACCAACCUGGUGCCCUACCCGCGCAUCCACUUCCCAUUGGUGACCUACGCACCCAUCAUCUCCUCUGAGAGGGCCUACCAUGAGCAGCUGUCUGUGGCAGAAAUCACCAGCUCUUGCUUUGAGCCCAACAACCAGAUGGUGAAAUGUGACCCCCGCCAUGGGAAGUACAUGGCCUGCUGCAUGCUAUACCGUGGUGAUGUUGUGCCCAAAGAUGUCAAUGUGGCCAUCGCUUCUAUCAAGACCAAGAGGACAAUCCAAUUUGUUGAUUGGUGCCCAACUGGAUUCAAGGUUGGCAUCAACUACCAGCCUCCCACCGCAGUCCCUGGGGGUGACCUGGCCCAAGUGCAGAGAGCCGUUUGUAUGCUCAGCAAUACCACAGCCAUUGCUGAGGCCUGGGCACGGCUGGACCACAAGUUUGACCUGAUGUAUGCCAAGCGUGCUUUUGUCCACUGGUAUGUUGGCGAAGGCAUGGAGGAAGGUGAGUUUGCGGAGGCCCGAGAAGAUUUAGCUGCACUGGAGAAGGACUAUGAGGAAGUCGGAAUGGACUCCGUUGAAGAGGAAAACGAUGGGGAAGAAUUUUAAAAUACAGUUUGUCCUUGGCUGAGCCUGAAGGCAUCUUGGUAGCUCUUCACUGCACUGGGGUGUAACUCACCAGUUUCUCUGCUGUGCAGCUUCCAUUCGUUCCACGGAGCUCCCACACAAGGCCCCUUGAAAGGAAUGGCAGGUGCACAGUAGGAACAUUGGGGGAGCGACACCCUGGCUCCACUCUUGCAGUAGGACGGUCGGUGUGAGAAGCAAUUUUAACUACUUCCUGUCUUAUAGUUUCAGGUGGGUAGCCAGGUUGGUCUACAACAGAACAAUAUUCGAGUCCAGGUAGCACUUUAAAGACCAACCAGGUUUCCAGGGAAUAAGCUUUCAAGAGUCAAGCUGCCUUUAUCAGAUAUCUGACAUCAGGUAUCUGAUGAAAGAAUUUGACUUUCGAAAGCUUAUACCCUGGAAAUCUUGUUGGUCUUUAAGGUGCUCCUGGACUUGAAUCUUCCUCUUCCUGUCUUAUAUAUCACUAAGACAUGAGUCCUCCCCACACUCAGUAGUCCAAGGGAAAGCAUAGCAGGCAACACAAGAGAGGUAAAGCAACCUCCAACUACGCACGCCAAACCAAGGCAAGCCAAGCUAUUUUGCUUCUGCCCAAGGCAAGCCCCCAAUGCGUUGGCAGAGUCCUGGGGGCCCAGCUUGCUCCCAACAUGUCUGGCUUAGGGCAAGCAUAACCCAUUGCCCUCCUUUUGUCUUCCAGCACACAUCACCAUCAUCACAGGUAGGAAGUAUGGGUUUUCUGGCACUUGGGCCAACAAGGUUGCUUACUCCCACAACUGAACCAGGAUGCUCUAUGGCUUAGUAGCCCAGCCUGUCAGCACAAAAGCAGGACUGUACGGAGAUUCUGGAAGGGAUUUAUAGUCCAUAUUAUCCCUAUGUUCUAGCAAUGGUCCUUAGUAAUAAUGACAGUCCCUAGUAAAACAUUCUUACCAUUUGGAACUUGGGGGAGUUGUUGAGGAUGCCUUGUAAUGUGCACCAGAGUUCUUCAGGGUUCAAGCUCUUUCCCCAAGACUCUGUGUGACUAGCGAGUGGAGGCAUCUCAGCUCUAGUACAGAUGACUGCUUGCGUGGGCCUAAAAAGCCAACACCUGCUUCCUUUGUAUCCCUCUGUCACCGUCCCGCCAGAAAGACAACGUUGUUGAAUAUGUCUGAUGGGCAGCUAUUCUGCAAGUACAACUUGACUUGGUAUACGAUUAAAUAUUCUCAGUUUUA